UGUCAUGUCUAAUACAUUUUUCAUUUUGUUGAUAAAUAAAGAAUAUCAAAUAAAAACAGCAAAAUAGGCCUUACUUAAAAUUUAAAGCUAAUAUUUUUAUUUUUUAAUAGGUUUAAUUGUUGAAAGGUAAUAGAAAAACCUAAAAGUAUGUCCCUAGAACAUAUAGGAUAUCCCUCCAAGAGAAAUUCUAUGCAUAGUGCAACCCAAUCUGAUGAAGAUGAUAUGGAAUCCAGAAGUUCUUCAAUAAGCUACAAGGAAAGGAGGCGAGAAGCACAUACACAAGCCGAGCAAAAGAGAAGAGACGCUAUUAAGAAAGGAUAUGACACAUUGCAAGAGUUGGUUCCUACUUGCCAACAAACUGAUGUUUCUGGAUAUAAGCUCAGUAAGGCUACUGUACUUCAGAGAUCCAUAGACUACAUACAGUACCUGCAGCAGCAAAAGAAAAAGCAAGAAGAUGAAAGGAAUGCCUUACGAAAGGAGGUAAUUGCUCUUCGCAUCAUGCAAACCAACUAUGAGCAAAUCGUAAAAGCACAACAAUCACAACCAGGUCACACUGAGACUCCUGUUUCAGAUGAGGUCAAAUUUUCUGUGUUUCAAGCAAUAAUGGACCAACUAUUCCUGACAUUCAGUUCCGUUUCUGUCAGUAAUUUUUCCGAACUGUCAGCCGGCGUGUUUACGUGGUUGGAGGAAUAUUGUAAACCUCAAACACUCAAAGAUACCGUUUAUCAGGUGCUCAGGCACCAUAACACGCACAUGCGAGGAUGAUCUUUGCUGUUUGGGAAUAUUAGUAUAGAAUCAGAUAAACCUUAAGUAGAUCAGAUAACACUUUUAUUCUCUUAUUAGUAGAAUGUUCAUAGGGGGGACUAAAUAGCCGUAGGAUUACGUUUUCAUUAAACACAAUGGUAGUUAAUAGUUUGCUUGAGAGAUGCUAUAGUGUUAUGUAAAACUUGGAUAAUUGGUCCACAUAGUUUUUAUUUCAUUAUUAAUAUUCGAAUAAUUGUAACUGUUUUGAAAAUAUGUUUGCAUAUAAUAUAGUCAAAUUCUAAAAUAUCCUAAUAAAGGUAAAUAUUUUUUAUUUGGAAAUGGCGAUACACCAAAUGUUUUGCAAAUAUUUGAAACAGAUAGAAUUUCUUUAGGUUUACAAGAAUGUUUUUAGUUCAUAUGGAAUUAUAUUCUUAUUUAAAUAUAAAAAAAUUGCUUUGCUGCUUAGUUGGUAGAAUGAUUUUUCAAAAUUGAUCAAUUUUUUUUUGUAGAGGUUAGUGACAAAACAGAAAUAAUUCCGAUGUUAUAAAUCUACACUAAAUCUUAAAAGAAGGCUUUGAACUAUCAAAGAUAAUAAUAUCCUCAGAUAUAUUAUAUUUUAUUUUGGGUGUAAAUUAAACACGUUAUAUUAUAAAUUAUAUUUAUAUUGAGCCAUAUAUGUGAUCUUAUAAUAUAUUUAAUUAUAUUGUUCUUGGGUAAGGAAUGUAUAUAUAACAUGUAGCUAUAGAAAGAAUAUAUUUUUAUUCUAUCGUU